UGUAGAUAAAUAAUAUUCUAAUUGUUAUAACAGUAUGUCCAGUAUAUCUGAACUCAGUGAAGCAUCUUUGCAAGAAUUAUAUACAUGGAUUGAUGAAAUUCCACUUUCGCGUCCUAAAAAAAACUUUGCUCGUGAUUUUAGUGAUGGUGUUUUAGUUGCUGAAAUUAUUAAGCAUUUCAUCCCAAGCAUUGUUGAUUUGCAUAAUUAUGUAACUGCAAAUUCUACUUCAUUGAAGACAGAUAAUUGGAAUCUUUUAUCAAGAAAAGUGUUUAAUCGACUGUCCUUCAAUGUUGAAGAAGAUCACAUCAAAGGGAUUGUUAUGUGUAGACCAGGAUUUAUUGAACACGUACUGACUAACCUAAGAGAAAAUAUUGAUUCCUAUAUGGCUCGAAAAAAGACAGCUGAUGUUGCCGAAAAAAAUUUAGUGGAAAAUGGUUCUAAUUCUUAUCAACCUCUUUACAAUUACCCGACAGCCUACAGUGAUAACCAAAAAUAUGUUCCAUUACCAAAUCCAGUGUAUCAUUUUCAAAAUAGUGAUAAUGAUAACGAAAAUUUAAAAAAUGAUAUUAAUAAUGCUAAACCAAAGAUCCAAGAGGAUCAGGUUAUAAUCAAUAAACAUAAUUCUGAGCAGCCUGCUACAGGUGAUCUUUCUCUGCAAUCUGGCAAUAAUUUUUCUAUCAGUAAAAAAACAACAAAGAAAUCUAAAAGUGACAGCAAAGAAGCUGAAAAGCCUAAAGAAGCAAAAAAAUUGAAUGAUCAUGAUCCUCAAGUCUCAUCACCUGGCUCAAACAAAUCUCUUAAAACAACUGGGCCUGCCGCUAUGAACCCAUUAACACAAGCUAAUAAUAAAAUAAAGCAAAAACUUAACCACAAAAAUGAUACCUCGAAAAAUAAUUCUGGUGAGUUUCGUGUAAUAUUGGAAGAAAAGGAACAAGCUUUAUUAGCUGCACAGGAAACAAUCCAGAUAUUACACGCGAAAGUUCGGCGUUUAGAGCAUUUGCUUCAGCUAAAAGAUCUUCGCAUCAAUGAGUUGAAAGAAUCAUCUCAACAGCAACAACAGCAGCAGCCUGUGAUCUUUAACCAGACUCAAGCAGAACAUCAAAAUAUACCACUUGUAAAUCAAAACUAUGUUCUUCCUCCCCCAUCACAUUUGUACCCUUACCAACAAAAUGGUAGUUUGUCUGGUCAAAUCACGUCUCUUCCGUUAAUUAACAACAAACAAAAUUUUAAAGAUAAUCGGGGGGUGCAGCUUGAUAAAGAUUCGCGCUAUGCAAGGUAAGAAACCGAAUGCUUGAGCUUCAAUUACCACACUUUUAAAAUUUUAUUAGCACGCACUUUUGUUGUAUAAAAAACACUGAAAACAUUUGGUUUUGUGAUCGUAUUUUUUAUUUAAUUUUUUUUUUUUUUUUUUUUUUUUUUUGGUUUUGAGACAAUUUCAAUAAUUUGGUUUGAAUUUUAUGACCGUUUUUCUUGAUUUCAAAACCAUAUUUUCAGGUUUCGUUACCAGAUUUUUUAGAAAGCUAUUUAAAAAAGUUUUUAAUAAAUUUUUAUGAGUUUUUAAAUUAUUUGUAUUUAAUUUUUUUAUUUUCUGGUGAUUGCGAUUGGUUACAUAGUUUUUUUAUCUGAACAUUAGUAAGUAUUCUCUAUAAAUAUCUUAAUAUUCGAGGCUUCUCAUUUUUUGUAUUUAAUACAGCGAAAAAAUAAAUCCUAACGCAAUUUAAUAUAAUGCUAGACACAGUUAUGUUUUGAAAAACGAAAAUAUAUGUAUUUAGUUACAAACUGUAUAUAUUAAAAUUUUUGUUUGUAAAUUUUUGUUUGUAAA